AUGGAGGCAAUGCUCCAACAGUCCCGGGCCAUGUGCCCCUUCCUCAAGCGCACCUCGCCCGCCACUCUGCGCACCCUCUCCACCGCUACUCGGCCCAGCACCAGCGGCGGUACCAUGUCCAACCUCCAGGUCCUGGCCCGCCGCUGCCCUGUCAUGAGCAAGGCUCUUGCCGUGCAGAGUGCCCGCAUGAGCGGCACUAAACGCUUCACCUCGUGCGCCGCCGGUGUCCCCAGCAUUAAGCCCUACAAGGCCCCGACUGCUCACCGUGCGCUGCACACGACCGGCGGUCACCCGGCCAGUGUCGCCCCUGAGUCGUAUGAGAAGAAUGAGCAGGUCCACCCUACCAUUCCUCGCUCGAUUCGUUCUGCCCACGCCACCGAUGCCGCAGUCCGCGGUCCCCGUCCCGAGGCCCCGAGCCAUAAGCAUUUCGACUACAAUGGCUUCUACAACACCGAGCUGGAGAAGAAGCAUAAGGACAAGUCGUACCGCUACUUUAACAACAUCAACCGACUGGCCAAGGAGUUCCCUCGCGCCCACACUGCCUCUGUGGAGGAGCGUGUGACGGUUUGGUGUUCCAACGAUUAUCUGGGCAUGGGCCGCAAUCCCCAGGUCCUUGAGUCUAUGCACCGUACAUUGGAUACCUACGGUGCCGGUGCCGGUGGUACCCGUAACAUCUCGGGCCACAACCAGCAUGCGGUCGCCCUGGAGGAUACCCUUGCCAAGUUGCACGGAAAGGAGUCUGCGCUGGUCUUCAGCUCGUGCUUCGUGGCAAAUGAUGCUACUCUCGCGACCCUCGGCAGCAAGAUGCCUGACUGCGUGAUCCUGUCCGAUAGCCUGAACCAUGCCUCUAUGAUCCAGGGUAUCCGUCACUCUGGUGCGAAGAAGAUGGUCUUCAAGCACAACGACCUGCAGGACCUGGAAGCCAAGCUCGCUGCCUUGCCAGCUCACGUGCCCAAGAUUAUUGCAUUUGAGUCUGUGUACAGCAUGUGUGGUUCCAUUGCUCCGAUUGAGAAGAUUUGUGAUCUCGCUGACAAGUACGGCGCUAUCACUUUCUUGGAUGAGGUGCACGCCGUCGGCAUGUACGGACCUCACGGAGCCGGUGUCGCUGAGCAUCUUGACUACGAUGCCUACGCUUCCCAGGACACCGCCUCCCCCCAGAGCACCAAGGGAACUGUUAUGGACCGCAUUGAUAUCAUCACCGGUACUCUGGGUAAGGCUUACGGCUGCGUCGGCGGGUAUAUCGCUGGCUCGUCGGCUCUGGUCGACACUAUCCGCUCACUGGCCCCCGGCUUCAUCUUCACCACUUCCCUCCCCCUGCCACCAUGGCCGGCGCAGCACCCCCGUGACCGUGUUUUGCAGCAGCUUCACACCCGCGCCGUCAAGUCCGCCCUGAAGGAGCUUGACAUUCCGGUUAUCCCCAACCCCUCUCACAUCGUCCCUCUCCUUGUCGGUGACGCCGAGCUCGCCAAGCGCGCAUCCGACAAGCUUCUCGAGGAACACGGUAUCUACGUGCAGGCCAUCAAUUAUCCCACCGUUCCUCGCGGUGAAGAGCGCCUCCGCAUCACCCCUACCCCCGGUCACGUCAAGCCUCUGCGCGACCACCUUGUCCAAGCCGUUCAGUCUGUUUGGAAUGACCUAGGCAUCAAGCGUACCUCUGACUGGAAGGCUCUCGGUGGGUUCGUCGGCGUCGGCGUCGAGGGCGCCGAAGAAGCCAACCAGCCCAUUUGGGAAAACACCCAGCUCAAUAUUCUGGCCUCCGAGCCUCUUGAGGUCUCCAUCGCCCGUGAGCUCAGUGCCGAAGCAGCUCAGACCGCUCCGCAGUUGAAGACCGGCACCCCGGCCGGCACACGUGCGCACUCCGCUAUCGGCGCCGCUCCUAUCGGAGUCGCCGCCUAG